UGCAUGAGCAACACAAGUAUUGGAAUUUUGUGUUUGCAUGGAAGCAAGUCUUUCUCCGUACUUUUUCUUCCUUCCGACCCUGCCUCUCUUGUACAUAUGUUGGAAAGAAAGAGAGAGAGAAAGACAAGGAGACGGAGAGGGAAGGGGAGGGAGAAUGACGAGAAACACGUUAACAGAAUCACCGUUGCUUCCAUGGAGGCCGAAGAUCCUCCUUUAUGGCCUUACCUUCCUCAUGAAUUUCACACGGCGGCGUAACGGUACUAUCAACCGCCGUCUACUGCAUCUAAUUGACCUCUUCCUCAAAGUCUCCGCCAAUAACAAACCCCGUGGAGGUGUCAAAACAUUAGAUAUAACCAUCGACGCCACCCGAAACCUCUGGUUCCGCCUCUUCAUCCCCACCAAAACCCCAUCUGACGUCCCUCUCCCGGUCAUCAUCUUCUUUCACGGCGGAGGAUUCGCCUUCCUCAGCCCUAAUGUAAGGCAAUUCGACCACUUCUGCCGCCGUCUCUCUAACGAAAUCCCCGCCGUCAUCGUGUCGGUCAACUACCGUCUCUCGCCGGAGCACCGCUUCCCCUCACAAUAUGACGACGGCUUCGACACUCUCAAGUUCCUCGACGAACAGAAACUCUAUGGUUUUCCGGAAAAUGCUGACCUCUCACGUUGCUUUCUCGCCGGCGACAGUGCCGGAGGGAACCUGACCCACCACGUCGCGUGCAGAGCCGGUAAGGCUGAAUUCAGGCAGGUGAGGGUGAUUGGGCAAAUCUCGAUACAGCCCUUUUUCGGCGGUGAGGAGAGGACGGAAUCGGAGAUCCGAUUGAAGAGGAUGCCUAUUGUGUCAAUGGGUUUGACGGAUUGGCUUUGGAAGGCGUUCUUGCCUGAAGGAGAGAACAGAGAUCAUGAAGCUGUGAACGUGAUGGGGCCGAGGGCUGUGGAUAUAACUGAAAUUGAGUAUCCAGAGACAAUGGUGGUGGUGGGAGGAUUUGACCCAUUAAAAGAUAGGCAGAGAGAGUUCUAUAAAUGGCUCAGGAGAUCUUGGAAAGAAGCAAAGCUGAUAGAGUAUCCGAGGUCUGUUCAUGGUUUUUAUGCGUUUCCGGAAAUACCUGAUGCUUGUCUGUUUAUGAAGGAGGUCAAGGGUUUUGUUCAUGAGGUAUCUGCUAAGUUCAUAAACUGAUGAUCAUGACCCUCCAAAAUCUGAAUCUGUAAGUCAAUUCUGCAAUCUCAUAGACUUUAUAUAUAUCUUAAAUAAAAGGGAAACCCAUGUCAUAAUUUGAUCA